CGUCGAGCUGGUUUUGAAGGCAUCUGAGGAGCCUGUGGAAUCUGUAGCCCACAAAUCAUGUGAAUCAGCUUUUCUACGGCGUGACCUUCACGCGGAGACUCCCAGCGCACGCCGAUUGGCUCGCGGUUACACAGUUUUCCCGACGAUUGGUUCGUGGGAGUGCGUCAGGUCUCAAUAGAGCUGAACCUUGUAACCGAGGGGUGGAAUGAAGUUUGCGGGCAAACUUUCACAAGAUACGCAAAUUUGGACACCUGGACAAGUGCGCUGGACUCAGUCACUGUUACACCGGAGCUAUGAAAAGUUUGAAACAACGACUUAAGAAAAACGAGAGCGCAGAAUGGGGAAAGUAUGAUGAGCGUCUGAUGAAGGCAGCAGAGAAUGGAGAUAUAGAGAAACUCGCAGCCACACUCAAGAAAGGAGCCAGCCCCACCAAACUAGACCCAGAGGGCCAUUCUGCGUAAGUGCCACUUUCAAGUGACCAUCUCUUACUUGAUGCUGAAAAGGACUGUCCGCCGUACAGUUAGCAGUAAUUAGAGCUUCUCACUGAGAAUAUUUCCCAUUCUUUCACGUUGCUGCUGGCAACGGCCUCAUAAAUAGUCUAAAUGCUUUCCUGGAUAAUGGUGUCAAUGUGAAGGCUGUAGAUGCUGCCGGUAAAACAGCUCUGCAUCUGGCCGCAGCCGGCGGUCAUUCCAUGUGUGUGCAAAAGCUACUACAGUGUAAAUGUCCUGUAGACAGCACAGACCUACAGGGCCGAACAGCUUUGCAUGAUGCAGCAUAUGCAGGCUGCAAAACCGCCAUCAAAAUGCUCUGUGACGGCGGUGCAUCUAUUGAUGCUGUCGAUGCAGAUGGUAGAUCGCCCUUAUUGCUUGCUGCUAAGAUGAGCCAACCGGGAGCAUGCCAGAUGCUUGUUCAAUAUGGAGCGCGCUCUGUUCUUCGAGACAAGCAAAACAAGACUGCACUUAUCUUAGCUUGUGAGAGUUCUUGUAAAGAAGCAGCGGAUAUUCUCUUGAAGACUAAGGCAGAUGUUUCUGCAGUAGACCUUUAUGGCCAUGAUGCUUACCACUACGCCAGACUAAGUCAGAAACAAGACUUGAUUACACUUGUACAAUAUGCCUUGGAAAAAAACACCAAAGCUAAGGAAACUGCCACUGUUUCACAGAAGAUCCAACAGGCUAAACCCCUAUCAACAGGGACUGGCCGGACCAAAGCAGGAUCAGUAAAGACUGAAAAACCUUUGUCAGAGCCACUAAUAAGGGAACAUGGCAGUCACUCCGCUGAAGGAAAAGGUGCCAAACAAAGUCAGAAUCUGGAUUCUACGCAGGUCAGGCCCACACAAGCAGCUCCUGUUCCAGUGAGAUCUGCUCCGAUGGAGUUAUUGCCCGGUGAAGUAGAGGCUCUUAGGAGAGAACUAAGAGAUUCACGAAGGAGGCAAGAAGCUGCAGAGGCAGAGGUACACAGGCUGGACACGGCGCUGGCUCUGCGUGCUCAGGAGUAUGAAGGACUGAGGAGAAGCAGCGAGCAAGCUCUGCAUGCAGCCCAUAAACGAUCGUGGGAACUGGAGGAGGCCCUGGGUGAGGUGCAGAGGAGGAUGGCAGGCUCAGAAACCCGAGUGAGACAGAUGCAAGCUCAUCUAGUGGCUGUCAGGGAGCACUUGGUAGAAGAGCUGAGAGUCCAGCUCCAAGAGGUCAAAGGUCAGCGUGAGGCAGCCGUAGCUGAAUUAGGACGGAUGCAGAAGGAGCUCAUCCAGAGCAGGAGGGAGGUGGAGCAGCAGAAGGAGAACCAGAGCUCCUUAAUGCAGGAACUAAGUCGCCUUUCCCAUGAGCUUCUCUGCAGGGAAGAGCAAAUGAAUACACUGAGGACCAGGUUAGCAGAAGUGGAGACACAGCAAGCUGAGAUGUUGUGUAAAGAAGCUCAAACCCCAUCAGAAUGGUGCCGCACUCAUGAGGAGAGCACCAUGACUGACCUCACCACAGAAAAUCCUGAACCGGCUGUAGAUCUGGAGAACUACAUUAACAAGAAUGAGCACACAGUCAUAACUAGCUCACUGAAAGAUGCACUGCAACAGGCUGAAACCAAAGCUGACGAGGCUCUAGAGAAGUUCCGGAGUGCCCAGGAGGAGAACCAGAACCUGCUGAGAGAACUUCAAGAACAAAAGUCUGAGCUGGACACUAUACAGGAGGCUCUGCAGGCCAGGUUUGUUCCUGUUGCCUUAGUGCAGGAAAAGGAGAAAGAGGUGGAACGACUCAAACUGGCCCUUGAAAAGAGGGAGAGGAGACAAAACCAGGCCAGUGUGAACAUCUCAAACUUAAAGGAUGAGGGUGUUCAGACAGAAGAACACAGGCAGCCAUGGACAAGUGAAGUACAGCAGAACCAAGUAUCUUCUUCUACAGGAAGUGACAGAGCAGAAUGUGAAGUCACUAGAAGGGCAGUGAAAAAUACACAACCAUCUGGAACAGAAAGCAAAAAUAGCACAAAUGAAGACCAGGGGAGCAGAUUGCAGGAUCAAGUUGAAAAGUCAUCAGUGGAGCUUGAGGGACAGAAGUUGGUUCAGGUCAACAUCUCAGAACCCACCAGCUCCUGCGACCCAUCACAGUCUGACAGCUCCCUCCAGGCUCAGGUCCACAGCCUGCAACAACAGCUAGAGGACUGUGAAAAACAUUAUAGACAUGUGCUUUCAAUUUACCGAACACGAUUGCUCAGUGCAGCACAGGGUUACAUGGAUGAAGAGGCCAGAGUGGCUCUACUUCAGAUUGCCAAGAUGAGAGAGGAAUGUGUGUGUUGAGUGGACAUUCAGUGUGCUACUGUUGCUAAGUGUGUGUGUGUGUGUGUGUGUGUGUGUCUGUGUGUGUGUGUCUCUGCAUGUAUACGUUACUGCUAAAAGGCUUGAGGUCUUGUAAGAUCUUUUAAUGUCUUUAAAAGAAGUCUUAUUCUUACUAGGCUGGGUUUAUUUGAUAAAAAUUCAGUUGAAACAAAAAUGUAGUGAAAUUAUUUUAAAAUUGUAAUUAUUUUAUAUUUAAGUAUAUUUUUAAUAAUAUUUUUCUGUAAUGUGCUGAAUUAUAAUCCAGUA